AUGUGUGAAACUGAGGACGAUAUAAUCACUGUAGGAAAGUACGUGAUAGUGAAGAAGUUAAACUUUAAAAAAAUUUAUAAGGUAACUGGUAAUGGUACUUUAAUGCUGGGAAAAGAUCUGGUGGGCAUGCAUGAAAUUAUUGGAAAACGUUUUUGGACAACUUUUGAAAUGGUAUCAGUGAAGGAAGGAAAACGGAUGUUUUCUUUAAAAGAAGUAGUAGAAACAGAGUCACUGAAUGAUUUAUUAAAUGAACUACCAAGUGGUUGUGAUAAUCGUUCCAUUAUUGAUGAUGGUACAUCACAGAAACUUUCCAAAGAAGAAAUCCUCCAGUUUCAAGAGUCUGGCAAGAGUGGCAAAGAAAUAGUGGGUAGCUUGAUUGAAAAUAACAAAUCUUUCUUAGAUAGGACAGAAUAUUCGCAAGAAAAGUAUUUGAAAAAGAAAGAACAAAAGUAUCUUAGAUAUUUAACCAUAUGCAAACCAAAUAUAAGUUCGUUGCAUGAUGUAUAUUUUAAAUUGGAUCAUAGAAAAAUUGGAAAUUUAAGGAUGGACACUUUGGCACAGUUAUUGUCAUACAGUGAUGUUCAGUCAGAUGGAUUAUACAUAUUAUAUGAUAGUGGAUCUCAAGGUCUACCAGCAGCUGCAUUGUUAAACAGAAUAGGUUCAAAUACAGAAGGACAUUUGAUCAAUCUGCACCCUGGAAAUGUACCUCAGGCUAUGCUUGUUAAUGCUAUGAAUUUUCCUAAGGAACAGUUAGAUAGACUAGUCAAUGUCAACAUUUAUAGCUUCUUGAGAUUAUAUUAUCAAGGUGAAAGUGCUGUAUUAAAUAAUAUUUCAAAGAAGUCUCAGAACAAAAAAGAUUUAAGCAAUGUUGAUGAAUUAAAUGAAGUGACUGAAAGGAAUAAUGAGAUUGAAGAAUGCAGCAGAGAAAGUAGUUUGAAACGGAAAUUAAAGGACUCCAAUGAGAGUGAAGAAGUUACACCUAUAAAAAAACCAAGGUGGUUGUUGGAAACACAGCAUGCUGUAGAACUUGUAAAAAAUUCAAAAGCUCGAGGACUAGCUAUUAUAGCCAAAGAGCAUCCUUUAAAUAUUGCCAUGGCUCUUUUACCUUUCUUAGGGCUAUCUAGACCAUUUGUAAUUUAUCACAUAUAUCGUGAGCCUUUACAAGAGACUUACAUGAUGUUGAAGCAAAAGCAGAAUGUUAUUAAUCUAAGACUUUUCUCCAAUUUCAUACGUUCAUAUCAAGUAUUACCAGACAGAACACAUCCUGAUAUUUUAACUAGUGACACAGGUGGUUACCUAUUAACAGGAUAUUUAGUUUAA